CUAUCAUGAAGCCGAAGUAUUAGCAAUCAUUAGUAAAUAAACUUGGGAGAAAGUUAAGCUGUAGUCUGUAUUCUAUUUCUAUUUCCCAAUAUUUAACACGAAUUGCGUGAGAAAUAUUGAAGGUUGUCUAAGACAUUUUGUCUUUUAAAAAGAAGUUCUAAUCAAUAAAAAAAAGAAACUUAAUGACUUCAGGCUUAGUAGAGCUUUAGAUUACGAUGACGAAUCAUCAAAAUGUUGUUUCUAUAAAUUGUAUUAAUAUAAUUAAGGAAUUUAGUAUGUUUUAUAUUAAAACAUUUUCCAUGCUUUAUAAGUAUUGUGAAGAUAUGAAAUAAGAAGUUGAUUAUAAAUUUUAACAAUUCAUUUGAUUAUAUUUUUAGAACUCGUGUUAUUAAUUACUUCUAACUGCGUGCUAAAAAAAUUUGGUUUCCCUUUCGUUUCUUAUAAUUAAAAUUUUGCAUGUUACUUUUCAAAUUUCCAGUGACGAAUGUAGCUUCACACUCAACUUUUAAUGAUAUUAAUAAACAAUAUUUUGUAUUAAAUUGUAUACAUUCAAUGAUUUCUCAAGACGUCACUGCUUCCUGUUGGCGGUUUGUGGCCUGGACAACUAAUGUUUAGACCCGAUUUGGGUGUCAUUAAAUUGCAGUCGAGGUGGUCAUACAAAUGACGCGAUAUUUAACCAUACAAAAAAAUUGGUAAUUGCGUGAUUAAAUUAUUUGUUUAAAUAACCCCAAAGAGUACUCACUGAUUCUAGACACGUAGAGAAUUAUGAAUGUGUGUGAAUGGAUUGUUUAGGAAUUUUUAUACCUGCCUGGCCAUAUGUUGGCAUUUGGUAGAACUUUGUUUGAAUAAGCAAAGUAUUUAUUACCUCAACGAUUUAUAGUAACAAUUGGAAAUAAUAUUUCGUAGAAUAUGUUUCCUAUCUGCAGCUUAACUUCACAUUAAGGUUUUUAAACAAUACUUCAGCUUUCAAGCUAAAGAAUGUUGGACUUUCAUUUUUGUUUGAACAAUAAUAUAUUUACAUAUGUAACUGGCCACUUAUCGCCAUAUGCUGACCUAAAAUGAAAUAUCCAAAAAGUGGGGGCAACCUGAAUCCGCACCUGGGCAACAACGAGUCUCUGGCGAAGCAGACGACAAAAACAAACACAAACAGAUGAUCCCCCAGAGAGCAAAAAGGCCCCAACAGACAAAAAGAGCGGGAGAACGAGUUAUCCAUUUUGGGGGAAUUUUGUGCAUAAUGUGAGCAGUGGGAUCAGCGCUGGAGCAGAGCUAUCUCAGAGCAGUCUCGACCGUUGUUGUGAGCAGAUAAAACUCGAUCUCGCAGAAGGCAACUAUUGCCAAAAGAAGCUAAAAACAAAAACGAAGCGAGGGAGCAAACAAACAGCUCAAAAUCAAAUGUUUAACUAAUCAUUAAUUGUUUGUUAAUUUAAUUAAAAUGGACGCAGUGCCGCAGCAAACAAACAACAACAGCAGCCUCUUCGACGGAGAAAAAUGCCAGAAACUAAAGAGAUUCGUGAUUGUUGGCCUGCUGAUCACGAUUGGCAUCUUGAGUUGGCACUUUUACGAGUACUUCCACAGCAAACCGCUUCCCAAGGCGCCCGACGAUGUUCUGACCCUGUCCAAGAGUCUCUACGCGGAGGAGGUGGAGGUCAGUCCAUACCUCUACAAGGUGAACCUUCAAGGAAAGACCACAUCUGGUGCCCACGAUGAUCGUGCAUCCAAGAACCUCUUUGAACUUCAUCAGGAUUUGUUGGUUAGGGAUGCUAACUCCACCACCGCCCUGCUGAUGCGCCUCUUCGAUAACUAUGAGUUGGAUGUGGCCGUGGCUGAAAAAUCCACUCCUGAACAGGUGCAGGAGCAGCACGAUUUUCUGAGAGCUGUGAUGAACACCCGGGUGAUGAAGCUAACUAUGAGAUUUUUGGUGAACAAGGCUCACUAUCAGUAAACGAACCCGUAGAACUUACACCUCAUAGGCCACAGGCAACAACAAAAAUAUUUUCAAUAGUAAAUAAAUAAAUUUCUUUAAAAGAUGUCACACCACAAAAUACAGCAAGUAUUCUUUUGUUAAUUGAAGAGUGUAAUAAACUCAAUUGAAAAUAUUUGCAUAGAUAUGCCAGAAUACAAUAUUUCAAUUCACACUCACUGGCUAAAUUAUUGACUGCCGAGCAACUGCACAGAACGCUGAUUAAAUUCAAACUGAACACAAUUUCUUACCAGACUGGGCCUUAUAAAGAUUCUCGAACAUCGGAAACCAGUUCGGGAACAACAAUAGCUGCUGUUGUUAGCUAUUGUUGUUCCCGAACUGGUUAUCUUCGGUUCCAUCUAUCAUGAAGCCGAAGUAUUAGCAAUCAUUAGUAAAUAAACUUGGGAGAAAGUUAAGCUGUAGUCUGUAUUCUAUUUCUAUUUCCCAAUAUUUAACACGAAUUGCGUGAGAAAUAUUGAAGGUUGUCUAAGACAUUUUGUCUUUUAAAAAGAAGUUCUAAUCAAUAAAAAAAAGAAACUUAAUGACUUCAGGCUUAGUAGAGCUUUAGAUUACGAUGACGAAUCAUCAAAAUGUUGUUUCUAUAAAUUGUAUUAAUAUAAUUAAGGAAUUUAGUAUGUUUUAUAUUAAAACAUUUUCCAUGCUUUAUAAGUAUUGUGAAGAUAUGAAAUAAGAAGUUGAUUAUAAAUUUUAACAAUUCAUUUGAUUAUAUUUUUAGAACUCGUGUUAUUAAUUACUUCUAACUGCGUGCUAAAAAAAUUUGGUUUCCCUUUCGUUUCUUAUAAUUAAAAUUUUGCAUGUUACUUUUCAAAUUUCCAGUGACGAAUGUAGCUUCACACUCAACUUUUAAUGAUAUUAAUAAACAAUAUUUUGUAUUAAAUUGUAUACAUUCAAUGAUUUCUCAAGACGUCACUGCUUCCUGUUGGCGGUUUGUGGCCUGGACAACUAAUGUUUAGACCCGAUUUGGGUGUCAUUAAAUUGCAGUCGAGGUGGUCAUACAAAUGACGCGAUAUUUAACCAUACAAAAAAAUUGGUAAUUGCGUGAUUAAAUUAUUUGUUUAAAUAACCCCAAAGAGUACUCACUGAUUCUAGACACGUAGAGAAUUAUGAAUGUGUGUGAAUGGAUUGUUUAGGAAUUUUUAUACCUGCCUGGCCAUAUGUUGGCAUUUGGUAGAACUUUGUUUGAAUAAGCAAAGUAUUUAUUACCUCAACGAUUUAUAGUAACAAUUGGAAAUAAUAUUUCGUAGAAUAUGUUUCCUAUCUGCAGCUUAACUUCACAUUAAGGUUUUUAAACAAUACUUCAGCUUUCAAGCUAAAGAAUGUUGGACUUUCAUUUUUGUUUGAACAAUAAUAUAUUUACAUAUGUAACUGGCCACUUAUCGCCAUAUGCUGACCUAAAAUGAAAUAUCCAAAAAGUGGGGGCAACCUGAAUCCGCACCUGGGCAACAACGAGUCUCUGGCGAAGCAGACGACAAAAACAAACACAAACAGAUGAUCCCCCAGAGAGCAAAAAGGCCCCAACAGACAAAAAGAGCGGGAGAACGAGUUAUCCAUUUUGGGGGAAUUUUGUGCAUAAUGUGAGCAGUGGGAUCAGCGCUGGAGCAGAGCUAUCUCAGAGCAGUCUCGACCGUUGUUGUGAGCAGAUAAAACUCGAUCUCGCAGAAGGCAACUAUUGCCAAAAGAAGCUAAAAACAAAAACGAAGCGAGGGAGCAAACAAACAGCUCAAAAUCAAAUGUUUAACUAAUCAUUAAUUGUUUGUUAAUUUAAUUAAAAUGGACGCAGUGCCGCAGCAAACAAACAACAACAGCAGCCUC